CAUGCUAUUUCUACAAACUAAAACAAAAGGAUGACUACCAACAGAAAGUGGGACAGUAGGGAUGGGUUAUUUUGGUACCAUUCCCAACUUCUGACAGUACAAAGUGCGCACCAUAUGGCCCCAUACCGAACUGAACCGCGAGGUGGAAACGGGGCUUCACUUCCACAUUGGCCAGGGAUUACCAUUCACAGUCCCCUGCAGGCAGUCGUACUACAGGCUCUAUCUCUGCUACUAUUGGCUCAUCAGCAUCGGAAGGCAGUGUGUGCAGGCGUCAGUGUGGGCUGAACAAAAGACAGAGCGACACGGAGAGGAAGGGGAGAGGGACAGAGAGAUAGAUGGCAGCAUGCUGACGCCAGAGCGCAGAGGAAGACACCAAUAGUAGGGCAGAGUUAAAGUAGGUUAUUCUAAUGUUUAUGUCGUCUUAUUCUGGAUGUUACUAGUCCCUGACUGCACGCAUCGUAGCGUACCAACUGAAUGAGGAAGCCGCUCUUUUCAGCGCUUCCUCUCUUCCUGCCUCGCCCCUAAUAUUCAUCUGGCGGCUCAGUGAAAAAGAGACAAAGUAUCCCACGAGCAUCAUGGUUGCCGGCGAGCUCGUGCAGGAGCAUCUGCGCGCGGAUGCUGGCGCACCUGACGACAUCACGGUCAGCAGGAAGAACCUGGAGCUGGAGGGAGCAGCCGCGGAUCCGCCUUACGCAGCCGUGCCAUCCUACGAGGCGAACUACAACCAGCGGGGGGAAGAACGGGAGAGAGAGAAGGAGGUGCAGCCGGAUGAAAGAGAGGCUAUGCUGCCUAACGGAGGAGGAGGAGGAGGAGGAGAGGAGGCGGAAGAGAAAGAAGGGAAGAUGCUAGAGACGAGACUUUACCGGCGCCGGUUCGCUGUGCUGUUCGUUUUCAGCCUGUACUCCUCCGUGAACGCCUUCCAGUGGAUCCAGUACAGCAUCAUCACCAACGUGUUCAUGCAGUACUACGGCGUCUCCAGCGACAAGGUGGACUGGCUCUCCAUCGUCUACAUGCUCGCCUACGUGCCGCUCAUCUUCCCGGCCACCUGGCUGCUGGACCGAAAGGGUCUGCGGCUCACGGCCCUGCUGGGCGCCGGCCUCAACUGCGCCGGCGCGUGGCUCAAGUGCGCCAGCGUGAGCCCCGAGCUGUUCGGAGUCACCGUCACUGCGCAGGUCAUCUGCUCCGUGGCGCAGGUGUUCAUCCUCGGCCUGCCGUCCCGGGUCGCCUCGGUGUGGUUCGGACCCCGGGAGGUUUCUACUGCGUGCGCAACGGCCGUGCUCGGAAACCAGCUGGGAACGGCCAUAGGAUUCCUGCUGCCUCCAGUUUUGGUCCCCAAAACAGAUGAUGUUGAGUUGACGGGUCACAACAUCAGCGUCAUGUUUUAUGGAACAGCUGCUGUCUCUACGGUCCUCUUCAUUCUCACCAUCAUAGUCAUUACGGACCACCCUCCCCUCCCUCCUAGUCACGCCCAGGCUGUCCUUCCAGACUGCCCUCCAGAGGAUUACUCCUACAAACAGUCCAUCGUCAACCUUGUAAAAAAUAAAGCAUUUAUCCUCCUGCUUAUCAGCUACGGAAUAAUGACCGGGUCAUUCUACUCUGUCUCAACGCUUCUCAACCAGAUGAUCCUGGCCUGCUAUGAGAACCAGGAGUUGAAUGCUGGGAGAAUUGGUCUGACUCUGGUUGUCGCUGGAAUGGUCGGCUCCAUCCUCUGCGGCCUGUGGCUGGACCACACCAAGGCAUACAAGAUCACCACACUCAUCGUGUACAUCCUGUCGUUUCUGGGCAUGGUGGUCUUCACCUUCACUUUGAACCUCAACAACAUCUACCUGGUCUUCUUCACUGCUGGAGUCCUGGGGUUCUUCAUGACGGGUUACCUGCCUCUGGGCUUCGAGUUCGGGGUGGAGGUCACCUACCCAGAGUCUGAAGGAACGUCGUCUGGACUCCUCAAUGCUUUCGCUCAGAUCUUUGGGAUCAUUUUCACUCUGAUUCAGGGCAAACUGACCACACACAACGGCCCGCUGUCUGGGAAUCUCUUCCUGUGCGCCUGGAUCUUCCUGGGAAUCCUGCUCACUGCUUUAAUCAAGUCAGAACUGAAACGAAACAAUGUCAACAUGGAAGCAAACCGGAACCCCCUACUCGCUCUUCCGACUGAGUGUCCCGGGGAUUGCCCUUUAGAGCAGAAAACCAACGGAGUCAAGCUGGAACCCUCCGUCAGCUUCUCCCGUGAAACCUCGCUGUGAGCCUGCCACCUCACUGAAUCUUUGAAGACAUUAAAAACUUUAAAAACCUGCUCCCCCUGGGAGGCAUUCCAGGCACAGCUCUACAUGAACUACCUGAGGGUGCUAUUGGUUUUAAUGCAAAGUAUGAUGUCUGCUGGAGGCUUUGGAGGUGAGCAAAGUCUGAUGAAGCACAGCCACAAUCUGCAGUGGAUUCAAGCCAGCUGGGGGGGCAGCCAACAAGGCAGGAGAAUCAACACCAACCCCCCCCCCCCCCCCCCCCAGACUUUAAGGCUCCUUCAAGGCUCCUUCAAGGCUCCUCUGCAGGAGACGUAAGGUUGCUGACGCUCAAAGCACUUGCACAGAGUAAGAAAUACCUCCAGUGCACAAAACUUUAGGUUUUAUUCUGGAAAAGGUGGAUUGUUGAAAAUGUAUGCAAGCAGAAGAAGCUUCAACGCACUUUAUUGGAUCUGUAGGAAAAACCCUGGAACUCCUACUUUGGUUACUGUAUCAAAAUUUGACUUCUA